CCCACUGAACCCAGAAAACACGAAGUAGCAAAGCCCCGGUGCAUAAUAAGCAUGCCUGACUUAAUGUGCCCCUCGCAUUGCACAACACUUCACACGUAUUGAGCCGCAAGGAAUGCACGUUAACUGGUCGAUCGAUCUCAGCUAAUCGAUUAAGCGCGUAGACCUGCUCCCCUCCCGCCGUAGUACCUGCGGUAGCCUCCCCGCAGCGUCGCGUUAAACUGUCAUUUCGCUGCUCGGAGUCGGGGGUGGGAUGCACGGGGUGAGGUCAUUGUGGAGGGAAACACCGUAGAAGCUUGAAUGGUCACUUAGGUCACAUUCGGGCCGACGUCACAGUGUGCGUAACUUUUAAAACAAUAUUUGGGUUUUUACCGUCGUUAAAUGAUAACAUGAUACUAUGCAUCCUUUGGGUAGGCUAGCAUCGCGCGUUAGCUCAACGUCCCGUCCACUCCCCCCCCUCCCUCCACACUCCCGUGAAUACAGCUACAUUUAACUAACCGAGGCUACCCAACGUUACGGUUAACCGGCCCGGAUGGAGCGCCGGGAGACGGUUGGGAUUAACGGGAGCGAGCAGUCGGUACUUUUGAGACGUUAACCCGUGAGUGGUGGCUGAAUGAUGUGGGGCCGUGUUGUUGUUUGCUAGCUGCUGUUAGCUUGUUUGGCUAACAGCGCCAGGCUGCGAUGGUUCAUUGUCCGAGUAGUAGAAGAAGAAGAAGGAGACGAAGAAUAAGGAGAAGAAGAAGAAAGGCGUUGAGCUAAGCUAACGUUAGCGUGAGGAGGAAACCCUCAGACUGUUAACCGAACGUGGUUUUAUUUUCAGUCUCGUCCGUUCGAGCCAGAGCUCGCGGGCUCGCGUAGCUCGAGUUCCUUGUCAGCUAGCCCCCCGCUGGUUUGUUUACCGGGCGUAACGUUAAGUUAGCUGCCGUUAGUGGGAAGCAGAAGCCUAAAUGGCACCUGUGACUGGAGGAACCCAACGGAACAAUUUGUUUACCGCCGGGAGUUGGAGAAACGGUCACGUGACUGCAGCAUAACAGGUGCACGAUGUGCAGACACACGACUUGCUUUGAGUCUCCAAGCGGCUGCAGCGACUCCUCUCCCCUGUACCGUCAUUAACUUAACUCAUGUAAUGUCAACCGAUGCUCCAGCGCGCUCCUCCUCUGUGCUCCUCUCUUUCCAGAUGUGAACUCGAGCGGCGUCUGUCCCAGCGGUGGCUGUCGGCACGAUGGGGCUGGACUUUGACGUGAAGACCUUCUGUCACAAUCUGCGGGCCACCAAGCCCCCUUACGAGUGCCCCGUGGAGACCUGCCGAAAGGUCUACAAGAGCUACAGUGGCAUCGAGUACCACCUCUACCACUAUGACCACGACAACCCAACGCCCGCGCAGACUUUGCCCCAGAAGAGGAGAAAGGGGCGGCCUCCUCGCGCCUCCUUGGCCGGCUCCGGGGAUACGGACGACGGUGGGGGCAACGGGGGCGGAGGACCUGGGCACGGGGGGAACACGCCGGGUAGCCCCAACCGGUCGGACCACUCCCACUCCCCGGGCAGGGAGACGAUGACCUACGCCCAGGCGCAGCGCAUGGUGGAGCUGGAGUUUCAAGGGCGCCUCCACCGCAUCAGCAUCUUCGAGAACAUCGACGUGGUGUCGGAGGAGGACAGCGGCGCGGAGGACGCUCCUCAGUCCGGCGCGGGUGGCGGCGGCGGCGGCGGAGGAGGAGGCGGCGGCGUGUGCAACGGGAGCGACGGCGGAGCCGGCGGCAGCGAGCUGGGCGGGGGUGGCAAGGAGCGGCCGGACAUCCCGUCCUCUAACGGCGGCAAGUCCACCCCCAAGUCCGGGAAGCACAAAAGCAAAGAGAAGAAGAAGGACGGCUCGUCUCAUCAUCACAGCGCCCAGUCGGGCCCCGCGGUCAAGCUCCCCGAGGCGGUGUUCAGAGAGCUGGACCAGGAGAGGCCGGACGCCCCCUCCCGACCGUCGUCUUACUACAGGUACAUCGAUAAGUCCGUGGAGGAGCUGGACGAGGAGGUGGAGUACGACAUCGACGAGGAAGACUACAUCUGGCUGGACAUCAUGAACGACAAGCGGCGGCGUGACGGCGUGACGCCCAUCCCCCAGGAGGUCUUUGAAUACCUCAUGGACCGCUUGGAGAAGGAGUCCUACUUCGAGAGCCACAACAAGGCGGACCCCAGCACCCUGAUCGACGAGGACGCCGUCUGCUGCAUCUGCAACGACGGCGAGUGCCAGAACAGCAACGUGAUCCUGUUCUGCGACAUGUGCAACCUGGCGGUGCACCAGGAGUGCUACGGCGUGCCGUACAUCCCCGAGGGCCAGUGGCUGUGUCGCCGCUGCCUGCAGUCGCCGAGUCGCGCCGUGGACUGCGCCCUGUGUCCCAACAAGGGGGGCGCCUUCAAGCAGACGGACGACGCCCGCUGGGCCCACGUCGUGUGCGCCCUGUGGAUCCCGGAGGUCUGCUUCGCCAACACCGUCUUCCUGGAGCCGAUCGACAGCAUCGAGCACAUCCCGCCCGCCCGCUGGAAGCUCACCUGCUACAUCUGCAAGCAGCGGGGCUCGGGCGCCUGCAUCCAGUGCCACAAGGCCAACUGCUACACCGCCUUCCACGUCACCUGCGCCCAGCAGGCGGGCCUCUACAUGAAGAUGGAGCCCGUCCGCGAGACGGGGGCCAACGGCACCUCCUUCAGCGUCCGCAAGACGGCCUACUGCGACAUCCACACGCCGCCCGGCUCGGCGCGGCCCCUGGGCGGGGGGCAGGGCUGCGCCAGCAUGGGCUCGUCUCACAGCGACGGGGAGCUGGAGGACGACGACGAGCCGAGCAUCUGCCAGGACGACGACUCCAAGGGCUGGAGCUCCGAGCGCGCCAAGAGGGCCAAGGCCAAGUCCAGGCUGAAGAUGAAGAGGGCGCGGAAGAUCUUGGCAGAGAGGAGAGCAGCCGCGCCGGUGGUGUCUGUGCCCUGCAUACCUCCCCAUAGGCUGAGCAAAAUCACCAGCAACCUGACGGUACCCAGGAAGAGCCAGUUCAUGCAGCGGCUCCACAGCUACUGGACCCUGAAGAGGCAAAGUCGCAACGGCGUGCCGCUGCUGCGCCGGCUGCAGACCCACCUGCAGUCCCAGCGGCACGUCGACCCCCCGCCGCCUCCGCCGCCGCCGCCGCAGCAGCAGCAGCAGCAGCAGCAGCCUCCGUCGCUGCUCCCGCCGGUGUCCUGUGCGAUUCGGGACGGCGAGGAGAAAGCGUCGGCGCUGAAGGAGCAGCUGAAGGCGUGGCAGAGACUGAGGCACGACCUGGAGAGAGCCCGGCUGCUGGUGGAGCUCAUCCGCAAGAGGGAGAAACUCAAGAGGGAGACGAUCAAAGUGCAGCAGAUGGCGCUGGAGAUGCAGCUGACUCCGUUCCUGGUGCUGCUGAGGAGCACGCUGGAGCAGCUACAGGAGAGGGACAUCAACAACUUCUUCACCGAGCCGGUCCCGCUGGCAGAGGUGCCGGACUACCUGGACCACAUCGACACGCCGAUGGACUUCCAGACCAUGUGGAACCUGCUGGAGUCCCACCGCUACCUCACGUUCGAGGCCUUCGAGUCCGACUUCGGCCUCAUCGUCAACAACUGCCUCAAGUACAACGCCAAGGACACCGUCUUCUACCGCGCCGCCCUGCGGCUCAGGGAGAUGGGCGGGGCCGUCCUGCGGACCGCCAGGCGCCACGCCGAGCGCAUCGGCUUCGACUACGAGGCCGGCGUGCACCUCCCCCGAGAGCCCAGCCCGGACAGCCAGCGGGACCAGGACCGGGACCGGGAGCGGGAGCGCGACCGAGAAUGGGAGCGAGAACGGGAGAGGGAGAGGGACCGAGAGAGGGACCGAGACCGGCCGCUGUCCUCUAACGAAGAUGACCUGCUCCUGCCAGAGAACAGGCGGCGCCUCCCGCUGGAGGAGCAGCUGCACUACCUGCAGGCGCGUCUGGACGAGGUCAGCCUGGGGAAGCACAGCAUCGGCCAGUCGCGCAGAGCCAAGGCCCUGAGGAAGGAGAUCAGCAUCGUCAAGAGGAAGCUGGCGCACCAGCGCGAGGGAGGCGCCGGCCUCGGGGGCCGGGAGUCCGCGGGAGGAGGGGACCGGGGUUCCUCCCUCCCACAUCACCCGUCCUCCUCGGGACACCACGACGAAGGGGGAGAAAGCAGCAGCCAGGAGAUCGGGGGAAAAGACAUGAGCGUGUCCUCGUCGGCGCUGGCUCCAGAGGUGGGCCGCCGCACAUCCGUCCUCUUCUCCAAGAAGAACCAAAAGAUGGCCGGACCCCCCAAAAGGCCGGGACGCCCCCCCAAGAACCGGGAUGCCGUGUACGCCGCGGCGGCGUUGGGCCAAAGCCCCAUCGGCCCCCCACAGCUGCCCCUGCUGUCCCCGAGCAGGCAGAGGAAGAGGCCCCGAAGCCCCCGCACCAGCUCCAGCUCGGACAGCGACAGCGACGACGACGACCUGCUGCCGGGUCUGCCGAGUAACGGAUUCGAUGGAGGAAACCAGCCGGUAACGGAGAGCUUCCGCGUGUACAGGAGCGAGUCCCGCCUCCCGCGCUCCAGCUCCGACUCCGAGUCCACGACCAGCAGCAGCAGCAGCGCGGCGUCGGACCGGACCAGUACGACCCCAUCCAAGCAGGGCCGGGGAAAGGCCUCGUUCUCCCGCUCCGCCUUCCCGGAGGACAGCAGCGAGGAGACGUCGGGCACGGAGAACGAUUCCUACUCAGUGGGGGGGCCGCGCAGCGUUUCGCACUCUCUGGAUCUGGUGUGGGCCAAGUGCAGAGGCUAUCCAUCCUAUCCGGCUCUGAUAAUCGACCCGAAGAUGCCCAGGGAGGGGGUGUUCCACCGGGGCGUGCCGAUACCCGUCCCGCCUUUGGAUGUGCUGAAGCUAGGGGAGCAGAUGACGCAGGAGGCCCGGGAGCACCUGUUCCUGGUGCUCUUCUUCGACAACAAGAGAACAUGGCAGUGGCUGCCGCGCUCCAAGCUGGUGCCGCUCGGCGUGGACCAGGAGCUGGACAAGGAGAAGAUGCUGGAGGGCCGCAAGUCCAACAUCCGCAAGUCGGUGCAGGUGGCGUACCACCGGGCCAUGCAGCACCGCAGCAAGGUGCAGGGGGACCCCAGCAGCGAGACCAGCGACAGCGACUGAAAGGGAAAACCAUCCGGAGCACCGCCACCAGACCCGGGGGCCAGUGACACGGGGAGGGGGAGGGGGUGCCCGCUGCGCCACGCCGCGUUUGAUCCGACGUGUAAGAUAUUGUAUUUAAGAGAAUUGAAAUUGAAUUAAUAAUGGAUGGAGGAAAAAAAAAAAAGAAACAUGUUCAGGAUCAAAAGAAUUCCUCGUGCGUGUUCCGUGUGAAAAGAGAGACUCUUCGAGACCGACUCAAGAAAGAACGCCUCCCCCCCCCGCCCUCACCCCCCCGCCCUCACCCCUUUGUCGGUCUUCCACAUUCUACACCGAAACGGGGGAGUGUGCGUCACGUGCACAUCUUCACCCCCCGUCGUCCGCCUCGACCAACCAGGAGGGAGGAAAGGCCCGGCGCCACAGCCUCCAACCAACGAUCAUGUUAUUUAUUCUGCUUCCUCCGUCUCCGAGGUCGACCAGCUCCCUUUUUAUCAUGGACCACUUCUAAUCACUCCGCCGCACGCCACGCCGUGCGGCCGUCUUCGUCGCGCCGUGUCCCAUCAUGUCUCCUGUUUUUACGGUUUCUUUUGUUAACGUACGUCUGAGCGCCUCGCGGCCCGUCUUAGACUCGGGCCGGGGGCUUUAGAACUUUUAUAUAUACAGAUUGCAUAAAGAAUAGAAGUUUAAUAAAAAAAAAAAAGUUGAGUUUUUUAAA